CGCCUCAAGGCCUCAAGCUCCAAGCGACUUCUUCUGUGAGGAUGACCAUCAAGCUGUACGCGAACCUGAUCAGCCAGCCGAGCCGCGCGGCCGAGUGGGUCAUGCGCCUCAAGCACCUGGAGCACGAGCUCGUGGCGACGGACUUCGGCAGCCCCACGUUCUCGUCGCCCGAGUUCCUGGCGCUCAACCCGAACGGGCUCAUCCCCGUGCUGCAGGACGGGGACUUCUCGAUCUUCGAGGGCAACGCCAUCCUGGUCUACCUGGCCGAGAAGUUCAACUGGACCGACCUGUACCCGGCCGACGUGCAGGCGCACGCCAAGGUGAACCAGUACCUGCACUGGCACCACACAAACGCGCGCCACGUCACGUCCAAGGUGCUGGUGCCGCUCAUGCACACCAAGCAGAACGUCGCCACGCCCGAGGAGGCCGUGAUGGUCAAGGACACCCCGGCGCUGCUCGCCAAGCUGGCGAAGCUCAUGGAGAAGUUCCUGGUCAAGGACUUCGUGGCCGAGUCGAACCACCCCACGGUCGCCGACUUUGCGGCCUACUGCGAGCUCGUGCAGAUCGAGCUCAUGGGCAUCUUCGACUUCUCCCCGUACCCCAAGUUCGCGGCCUGGAUGAAGCGCAUGAAGACGCUGCCGUUCCACGACGAGAUGCACGCCACGCUGGACACGUUCCUGGCCAGCUCCGGGCUCAAGACCAAGGCCAGCUCGUAAGGAGGGGAAGCGUCGAAGGAGACAGCCCCAAGGCUGCCUCAUCCAGUUGAGUUGUUUUGAACCAAUUACACCACAGUUGACGU